AUGUGGAGCCCGUUUGGGGAGACCAAGGUAUACAUCCCCUUGUCACUGGAUGAGGCAAUGUACGAACAUCCAAGAGCCGACAAUGGAGAUGAAUCUUCUAGCAGUAGGAGUUGGAAGGAACCAACCUGCUUUGACACGAGCGGUAACAGCAGUGGUGAAGAGACUGAGAACAAUCACUCAUGCUCCAUGGAUUUGUUCUAUGAAGACUCAGAAGAAUUUUUUCUUGAGUUGGGUGAGAUUCGUGGCCUCUUGAGGGAUGAGAUUGGAAACGGUGAUGUUACCGAAGUGUUGAUGGGGCUGAAGGCUCUGGCAGAUCACCUCAGGCCCGAGAAUCGAAAUGCUCAGUGCAACAUCAACCACGCCUUCAACGCGGGAGCUCCGCAUGUCGUGGUCAACGCCAUGGGAAAAUGGCAUUCUUCUGCUCCCAUUCAAACCGUGGCAUGUUGCUGCAUCUUUUACCUUGCAUACGAUUUCAAUGCGAGCGGUGAUGUCAUUGCCAAAGCUCGACGCAUGGAUCUUGCAAAGGCGAAGGGACUAGAGGCUGUCGUGACUGCCAUGAAGACCUUCCCCGAAUCCAAGCCGAUUCGAUUUUCUGGAUGUGGCGCCAUGAUGAAGUUGAUUCCUGUUGCUGAGAAACUCGGGGAAAGGCGCAAUAGUGUGAAUAGCAACGCGAUUGCGGUGGCUGUUCACAAUGCCACGAGACGUUGCGUGGAAGAUUUGGAUGGCAUCUCCGUCUUGACAGAGACGAUGAAUAUGUUUCCUGACUAUGGGGGGUUGCAGUCAGUAUGCUUGGAAGCACUUUGCAAACUGGCUUCGCACGAAGAGUUCAAGGCGGCGGCAAUGAGAGAUUAUGUCGUUGAAGCUGUGGCAGCAACCCUUGAAACCCAUGGAGAAGACGAGUCAAUCAGUGUCAGGCAGCACGCAACUUGUUUCUUGCUCAAGAGCAUGAUGGCCAAUCAGAGGGCGACCAGGAGGAAGAGCAAGACAACAACAAGGAGCAAGUUGAAGCUAGCUUCGUGCGAGUAUGCAGCCUAA